AUGGACUCUCACUCUUCACACCUCAACGCAGCCAAUCGUUCUCGCAACUCUCAAACUCCCUCCCCUUCCCACUCCGCCUCCGCCUCCGCCUCCGUCUCAUCUUCCCUCCACAAACGCAAACUCGCCGCCACAACCGCAGCAAACGCUGCCGCGUCUGAAGACCACCCCCCUCCCUCCGCUUCCUUCCCUCCUUCCUCCAACGACGACCUCGAGAGCAUCUCCGCUCGGGGAGCCAAUUCCGAGUCAGACCCCGAGGAAUCAGAGGACGCCGUCGUGGACGACGACGAGGAAGACUUCGCUCCCGAACCUGAUCAGGACUCUUCGAUCCGCACAUUCACCGCCGCUAGGCUCGAUCCAAGCUCAGGAGCCAACGGUUCGAGUCGGAACACUAAGAUUAAGACGGAGAUCUCGACGGUGAAGCUUGAGGCUGGGACUGGGACAGCUGGCGUGAGCUCGGUAUCGGGGAUUGUGCCCAAGGAUGAGUCAGCUAAGAUAUCGACGGAUGAUGAUGUACAGAACUGCGGGGCGUACAUUGCAAGAGAAGAGGCUUUGAGAAGAGAGGAAGCAGCUAAUCGGCUCAAGUUUGUAUGUUACUCUAAUGAUUGCGUUGAUGAGCAUAUGAUGUGCUUGAUUGGGUUGAAGAACAUAUUUGCAAGACAGCUACCUAAUAUGCCAAAGGAGUACAUUGUUCGCCUUCUCAUGGAUAGGAAACAUAAGUCUGUCAUGGUCGUAAGACCUCCGGCAGGUGGUAAUGGUAUCACUCAUGUUGUUGGUGGUAUCACGUAUCGUCCAUAUCACAGUCAGAGGUUUGGAGAAAUAGCAUUUUGUGCAAUCACCGCAGAUGAACAAGUUAAAGGUUACGGUACCAGAUUGAUGAACCACUUGAAAGAACAUGCACGCAAUGUCGAUGGAUUGACGCAUUUUCUUACUUAUGCUGACAACAAUGCUGUUGGUUAUUUUGUCAAGCAGGGUUUUACUAAAGAGAUUUACUUGGAGAAAGAUGUAUGGCAUGGGUUCAUUAAAGACUAUGAUGGUGGCCUCCUUAUGGAAUGCAAAAUUGAUCCAAAGCUUCCAUAUACAAAUUUGUCAAAGAUGAUUCGUCAGCAAAGAAAAGCAAUUGAUGAAAGGAUAAGAGAGUUAUCGAACUGUCAGAAUGUGUAUCAAGUAGCUGAAUUUCAAAAGAAAGAAGGUGGAAGUCCUAAAAAGAUCAGAGUUGAGGAUAUUCCUGGCUUAAGGGACGCAGGUUGGACCCCAGAUCAGUGGGGGCACACGCGUUACAAAUUAUUCAGUGGUUCUGGAGAUAGUGUAACAAAGCAAAAGCAGUUGAACGCACUUAUUCGCGUGCUUCUGAAGACAAUGCAAGACCAUUCUGAUGCUUGGCCUUUUAAAGAGCCAGUUGAUCCACUCGAUGUUCCUGAUUACUAUGAAAUCAUUAAAGAUCCCAUUGAUCUGAAGACAAUUGGGAAGAGAGUAGAGUCAGAACAGUACUACGUGACGCUUGACAUGUUUGUGGCUGAUGCGAGGAGGAUGUUUAACAAUUGUAGAACUUACAACUCCCCAGAUACCAUUUACUACAAAUGUGCAACCAGGUUGGAAACACACUUUCAUAGCAAAGUACAAGCAGCUCUACAGUCCGGUGCUAAAUCUCAAUAGAGGUAGAAGCUAUAUUGUGCUAAUUGUGUUAACAUUUCUGAGAUGCUCUCGUUGGGACUGAGAUAUUUAUCUCAUCUCAAAAAGCAAGUGUAAUAUAUUAUUUAUUAGGUCGACUUGAUCGUGGAGCGUGUAUGAUGUAUAUUUGCAUAUGAAUAUAUGUUUAGGAGUAGUAACAUGAUUAGACCCUUUGAGUAUGUUUGAACAAGUCUGAGACCACUCACGCCACGUUUCUCAUGUUUUC